AUGAACAAUACCCGAGUUGGACGUUCCCAACGCACGAACCUCAGUUCUUCUUCUCCUCACGAUCUCAGUAUUUACUGUUACAACAUUCCUUUGAAGAACACCAACCAAGAAUUUUAUGAUUUUACUGAGAAGGAGAAUGUCAAAGAUGAAUCAGAUGGAAUUAUUCAAACAAUCAUAGGUGUUACCGAAAAACCCUACCCAUUGUCUGUCUCUUUUCUGUAA